CUGAACUAGAUUUCAUUUUAAGAUCAAGUAGAACUUCCGUGUGCUAAAUCUGAACACACUAUUCUUAUACCAUCUGCACACGCCUUAGAUACAGUUUAAAGUCUGUGAUCGUCUCUUUCUGUUGGGAGUUCCAGUUACAGAACGAUAAAUUUGAUAUCCAGUACAUACCUUUAAACUGUGACAUCGGGUGUUAUCGUAGUAUUCUGUCACGUGACUAGACAAACAUAAACACUGGUGUCCAUUGAAGAUUUGUAACGACUGUGCAGUUGUUAGAAACAUCACCUAAUUUUAAAAAUGGACGAAGAUUGGUUGGUGAUACAAUAUCUAUAGUACCUGGUCCCGUGGAAUAGAGAUACUUGUAUUUACAUAAUCCAAGAUAAACGUUAAGACAGAUUACAUCUUAAUCAACGACAUGCUUGGGAAAAGAGAGCCGACAGAAAUAUUAUGAACUAUGGCAAACCUUUUCAAAACUAAAAAGAAGGAGGUCUCGAGUGGCACAAUUAAAGGAAUCGACCACCUUGACGGACAUUACAAAAAAUUCGACGAUAGCAUUGCACCAGACGACAAAGCUGCCAAUCCGGAAGAUAAUUUUACGGUAGUAGACAAAGAACAUUUUGUGACAUUUUCCGUCAGUGAUAACGAUCCGUGUUCACCGGAGAGACCGAACCAUGGGUUACUCAAGACUUCAGCUCCAGACACCGUGACCGCACACACGCAACAACGUGUGCGUCAUAAACAAACUGAAAUCACGAAUUCUACGUCACAAAUCCCCAGCGUCACUGCAUGUAAUUCGUCAAAUGAAGGUGAAUUAAUUCUCUGCAAACACUGUAAAACCAAACUAACGAGAGAUGAACAACAGAUGUUGAAGAAUAUUUCCACUCGGUGUGAAAAUGAUGGUGAGCAAAGUCAAGAUAACUGGGUUCGCUCAGAUAGAGGGAAUGUGGAACAUAAAGAAGUUCAAACGGAUGAGAUAAAAGAAUUGCAAGAAAUAGAUUCCUUGUUUGAGACCCUCCAAAGCUGCUACAAGAAAUUCACUGGAAAAAACAGCGUUAUGCAGUCUAGUGCAAAGUUUUAUGGUAGUAUUCACGACAACAUAAAAGAGGCACUUCUACAGAUAUAUGAAAUCGAGGAGUAUGCUGAAAAAACGAGAAAACGAUAUCCCAAAGAAAAGAAGAUAGAAAAAGAAGACAAGAAAUUUAGGAGACAGGCAAAUGUGCAAGACAUUGCAGAUGGGGGAAUGGCGUCCGACAUGCAGAUUAAAUUUGAUCAACAGAAGACGGAGAUAACUAAUGUCACUCUGCAGAGGGACGGACUGAUGUCUACUCUAGGGGAACAUACAAAACGCCACCGAGAACUAGAGCAGAAGAUUGCCAAACUAGAAAAUGAAAAAGAGUCUCUACUUACCAGGCAUACAAAACUCCACCGAGAACUCGAACAGAAGAUUGUCAAACUAGAAAAUGAAAAAGAGUCUCUACUUACCAGAUUGAGCACCAUCGCAGGAUCCCGAUUAAGAGAUGGAAAUCCGUCCAUCACAGACUUAAGCGAUGACAACAGACCUAUCGCGAUAGCAGAGAAAUUUUCUGAACUCUACGACAACGAGUGGACUGACGCCUUUGAAAACCUGAAAGACAGCAGAACUGAGGAAGACAUAAUCCAACUGUUACUUGAUAUACUAAGGGAAACAUAUACUAGCUGUGGAAAAAUAAGCGAACACCAAGCACAGCGUUUGCAGCAAUUUGGUAUAGACAUUGAAGGAAAUGAGGGGGAUGUUGCGAAAUUAAAUGCCGAGCAGGAGAGAAAAGUAAAGGAGGCCCAGUUGGUGUUCAGUGCUGCCGCUGUUGCUCGAGUCCAGAAGAAAAUACUCGGCGACACUGAAUUUCAAAUGAAAUAUAAUGAAUAUUAUGAAAAUUGUGAAAUCUACAUGAAAGCGUGCAUUCAGAUUUGUUGGAUGAUGAAUAUGCAAGAAGUUCCAAUGUUUCUGGACUUUACCUGCCUGAGAGAGUCUCCUCUUAACAGAAAUUUAUACAAGGAAUACACCAAGAAUGGGAAAUCGUGCGAUUAUUUAGUAUGGCCUCUUCUUUUACUUCAUAUUGACGGUCCUGUCAUGCAAAAAGGCAUUUUGCAACCAUUGUGAUCAGUAUAUGGACGGUAUUAUCGUUAGAGUGAGCGCAACUACACUGUACAUAUACAUGCACGGAUCCAGAAUUGUUUCUUAUAGGGCCACCCAAUCGAAACUAGAAAUUAACAUUUAGUAUUCUACAUGUACAACUCUGAAUAAAAGUGUAUGAAAAUAGGCAAAUAUAUAUUCAUAUUGGUAUAUCAAGCUCAAGGAGUGGUCAGUUCGACCCUCACCCCAUCCCCAUGUGAGCGCCUGACAUUGUCUCUGCCAAUGGAAUAUGGAAUUCAGAUAUUCAAUGUGAAGAACAAAACUGAGCAAUUAUUUAGUGGAAUGAAAAUCGCUCCGUAAUAUUGUAAAAAUCUUUUCUUUUUUUUUUCAAUUUUUUUAUUUGAUAGAAAGGACAUUAGAAAAAAAAAUGAUAUAAUACAAAAUCCUAAUUUCUAAUACAAUGAUUUGCUCCUGUCCCCCGUUUUCGUCGCUGUUGUAAGGAUACAUUAUUAUCCAUCCACAAGCUUGGAAUUAAUCAAGUUGAUCAUGAUAAUUUGAUGUCAAGCUUAGAGUUACAUAUUUUGAUAGAUAAAAGUAAAAUAACGAAUUUCUAUCUCAUAGUAAGUGGCAUGGUUGAUCUUCAUAAUCGUGUAUGCUAGAUUAACGUGGCCUAAACCAAUGAGGAGGGAGGGUGGGCUGGGUUCGGGCCGUCACCGUCUUUUGCAUCACCGGAUAUGCCAAGGAGUUGAAACUGGUACACUAAACAUGAGCUAAUGCUACCUUUCUCAUGCGAAAAAAAACCCCAGGUUGGUAUUUUCUAUUGCACAAAACAAUUUCUUCAAUCAUAUAUCCACCCCUUUCUCUUUUGUAUGAUGACGUAAAACAAAGACCGUGUGGUUGCUUCUAUCAUCUUGCCCCGGAUACGAUCAGCAUCACAGUUCUUUAUUACCGACUUCCGUGUUGAAAUUUCUUUCUGUUUCCGGACCAUGCAUUUCAUCUCAAUAGUGAUUGGUGGAACAAUACUUGAUGUGAAAAUUUACAGUAUUUUCAUUGUUGAAAUGCUGUUCUUUGCAAGGGAGAUCAUUUAGUGUAGGUCUAAUUUACGUACAACUUCCUAAUUUCCUAAUUUUACAAGCUUCCAAUCUUACAAAAAAAAUGAGAAAACGAAAAGUAAUCUCGUCUAGAAUCGUAUUCUCGUGCUUUUUCGGCAAGCGGAGAAACUUUCCCGAGUUUGACGGAAAGACCGGCGAAGUUGCGAUUAGUUCAUUUAUUUACUCUUUGAUUUGGUUACAAUAAAAUGGACUGAUAUUUUAAUUUUUUAAGCUAGUUUUAAGAGCAUUUCUGUAUUUUUAUAUAUUUAUUUACAUAUUUUACAUGUUAUAACUGCUAUAGCACCCGCUUUCUGUAUAGAGUUUAAGAUCAAAAUAUCUGCAUUAACUUCCACAACCAUCCAUUUCACUGUGUAGUAUGGCUCUUUAACAUUACUUCAAAAUAUUGUGUGUAAAGACUUCUGGAAACCCUGUUUUAUUAUAAAAAUGUAUACUUACACAAUAAAAGUGACGAUAACGAACAGCGAUCAAUCUCAUAACUCCUAUGAGCAAUACAAAAUAGAUAGUUGGGCAAAAACGAACCCCUGGACACACCAGAGGUGGGAUCAGGUGCCUAAGAGGAGUAAACAUCCCCUGUCGACUGGUCAAACCCGCCGUGAGCCCUAUAUCCUGAUCGGGUAAACGGAGUUAUUCGUAGUCAAAAUCACUGUGCCAAGAACGGCUUAACAAUCGGUAUGAAACACGUCAGACAGCAUUUGACCCAAUGAAAUGUUGUAUUGACGAACUAGAUCGUUAUAACGACCAUAGAAGUUGCGAAAUGCUGACUUCAAUCGAAACUGUUGAAAACCCUGUACCAUCAACUUGUAUGUCAGUAGCUUGCCUCGAUUUAAAAACUGACUAUACAUAGAACAAGCUCUUGCCCAUCGAAUCAGUUGAGAGAUGUACAUACCAUAUGCAGGUGAUAAUGGAAUAUUGCUACAUAAAUAUGGGAAGUUGAUGAUGGAGAAGCUGAAAUCAUCCCGUUUGUCAUACAGUUGCGUUGUCAGUUUGCCAUUAAUGUCUACUUUCAAUAAAAUAUAUAAGUAUGAAGCGGAAGUUGACGACUUUGUGGUGUCUUUUAUUUCGAGCUCACAGGGAUAUAACGAAUCAACAUAUGAAUGAAAGUUAUUAUUGUUAAUAGACAAAACGUCGUCGAUAUAUCUAAAUGUCGAAUUGAAGGCCAAAGCAAAAUAUGUUUUCUUCUCACGUAGAAGUUUUUGAAUAAAUUCUGCUUCAUAUGAAUAUAGAAACAGGUCAGCUAACAAAGGAGCACAAUUCGUGCUCAUGGGAAUUCCAACAAACUGUUGGAAGACAUCCAACUCCUCCUAGGCCCUUAUAUAUCCAGGGGUCCGUGUUUGACCAAAUCUUUAUUUCGUAUUCCUUAUAGGAGUUAUGAGACAAAUCACUGUUCGUUAUAUUCACCUUUCAUUCAUACAUUUCCAAUGCACUUGGAAUCAUACAACUAGGAUGAAAUAGAGGCAACCAAUGUCAAGUUCAUGAAUUUGGGUAAAAAAGAUGUAAUGUUAUAUUACGAGAUAGUGAAGGGCGGUUGUUAGGAUAAUGAGAUCUUUUUGGACGGUAUAGUUGUUUUCGCAUAUGUACAUGUAGCUCGAAUAUGCUCUGCCCCAAUCUUUAGAUCUCGCUGCGCUCUCUAUGAUGACUCGAAGACUUACUUCUAUGGAGUAUGAAGUAUACUACCGAUUUCUUUUCUCCAUUGUCAAAAGGUUUUUACGCUUAAAUAAUAAACUAUAUAAAUAAAAUA